GGCAAGCAGCAGAAGCGCGGUGAGAACGGCUUCGUGUCGCUUAUGGAAAUCGACGGCCAGCCGACGACCCCGCCGCCCGUGGGCGAGUCAAUUGCGACGGAGAGCGGGCUGGUGGUUACCAAAAUCGCGGAGGCGAAGGAGGGACCGUUCGACGUGGAUCAGUUUCAGGUGCGCGUCACGGGGCUGGGGGAGCUCGACGUGCGCGUGCGCGUAGCGCACCCGCUGCUGCAGACUCCGGAGGAAGCGGAGACGCACUUCAACGUGGAGCUGUCCGACGUGAAGAUGACGUCAGCCGUGCACGGCGUGCUCGGGCAGACGUUCAGGAACACGCCGGAGCAGCUGAAACGCGCGGUGAAAUACUCGAUGCUAGCGACGCUUCUACACCACCCCGUGGAUGUGGACAAGGCGGAGGGGAAGGGGUUUCUGGACGGGGAAGUUGAAGACUAUAUCACGUCGUCUAUCGUCGCGCCGGACUGCAAGUACCUGGUCGCGGUGGCUCAGCGAAUGGGCAAGGAGGAGAUUGGCUUGGCCGCCGCAACCUCACCGUGCUGUUCAAGGCGGGGUAGGAGGGAAGGAGGAGUGUUUGACCUCAGCAUCAAGGCGCUGAUGCGCCUUGAGGAAGGAGGAGCAUCAAGGCGCUGCACCGUAUUCCCACCCACAUCCUUCUCAAUACAUUCACAACCCCUCACACCCAUGUCCCUUCUCCCCAUGCCACCAUGCGUGUCCGUGUUGGUGUGCAUGAGAGGGGAGGAGGGGUGUUCGACCUCAGCAUCAAGGCGCUGCACCAUAUUCCCACAUCCUUCUCAAUACAUUUACACACCCUCACACCCUUGUCCCUUUCCCCCAUGCCCCCAUGCGUCCCUGUGUGGGUUUCAGAGGGGAGGAGGUGUGUAUAUUCCCUCAUCCUACUCAACACACAUAUUACCCCCCCUUUCCACCACACCCAUGCCCCUUUCCCCCACACCCAUGUCCCUUUCCCCCACACCCAUGUCCCUUUCCCCCACACCCAUGUCCCUUUCCCCCACACCCAUGUCCCUUUCCCCCACACCCAUGUCCCUUUCCCCCACACCCAUGUCCCUUUCCCCCACACCCAUGUCCCUUUCCCCCACACCCAUGCCCCUUUCCCCCACACCCAUGCCCCUUUCCCCCACACCCAUGUCCCUUUCCCCAAAACCCCAUGUCCCUAUGUAUGGCCAGGAAGGCUCGGGUCUGGUGCUUGACCUGGUGUACAAUCCGAUUUCUGCCUUCAACCCAGCAGCAGUGGGCAACGUAGUGUGUCCUUAUCUGAUGGCUGUUCCUCGAGUGAGCCUCUCUGCUGCUGUCUCUCCCACUCCCUCCCCUGCCUCUCUUCCCGCACCCGUCCAGAUUUCUGCUUUCAACCCAGCAGCAGCGGGGAAUGUGAUGUUCCUUCAUCUGAUGGCUGUUCCUCAAGUGAGCCUCUCUGCUGCUUUCUCUCCCACUCCCUCCCCUGCAUCUCUCCUCACCAACACAGAUUGCUGCCUUCAACCCAGCAGCAGUGGGAAAAGUGAUGUGCCGAAGCCUGAUUAA